CGUAACCUUUAGCAACAUGGCGGCGUUCUUGGCCUUUCUGAACAGAAACCCUCUGCGGGUUAUUUAUCGGUUAAAAGUUGUGAACGAUUGUCACGACGCUUUAAAGAUUCAACAGCUGCGAUAUUUGACCUCGUGCACAACUGCAAGAACGCCGAAGAGGCAAGUUCACAAGCACACGUCACGAUGCCUAACCAGUCCCGGAACUUGGCACGUGCACUACCUGCGGCACAUUUCGACAACAUCCGUUCUCGGCGACGACUUUCGAGUUAUCAAGUGCCCGCAACUAGCCGAGUCCUUGAGCGAAGGCGACAUACGGUGGAACAAAGCCGUUGGCGACACCGUAAAAGAAGAUGAAGUCAUCUGUGAAGUUGAGACAGACAAGACUUCAGUGCCCAUUCAUGCACCUGCCGCUGGAGUGGUUGCCGAGCUUCUCGUAGAAGACGGCGCUACAAUCCAGCCUGGCAAGGACAUCAUGAAGCUCAAAGUUGGACCUGGGGGCAGCACACCGUCUGCAGCUGCUCCACAAGCAGCGGCGCCGGCCCCAGCAGCAACGUCACCACCACCGGCAACAGCCGGGUCAGGCACGGGCGAACUACGGACUGUCAAGUGCCCACAGUUGGCCGAGUCGCUGAGUGAAGGAGACAUCCGCUGGAGCAAAGCUGUCGGCGACACUGUGGCCGAGGACGAAGUGAUCUGCGAAGUAGAAACUGACAAGACCUCAGUGCCAAUUCAUGCCCCAGCCAGCGGAGUUCUCCUAGAGAUUCUGGCCCCGGAUGGAACCACAGUACAGCCGGGCAAGGACAUCUUCAGGCUGCAGGUCGGAGGUGCUGGUGGAGCACCUGCCGCGGCACGAAGAACAGCUCCGGCACCAAUGCCAGCUCCAGCACCAACGCCAGUGGCCAGCACACCACCUCCAGCCGCAUCAGCGGGACCAAUACCAACGGCGCCGCCUCCGACGCCAGCAAUGCCCUCAGGACCGAUGGCCUCGAUCCCGGUGUCCAGCAUUCAAGUGCCAGGUCCCAGUGCGCAUGCCACUGCAGCGGCAGCCGCAGCACCAGUGGGCGGCGCAAGAACAGAACAAAGAGUGAAAAUGAACCGAAUGCGGCAAAGGAUCGCACAGCGUCUGAAGGACGCACAAAAUACAUACGCCAUGCUGACUACGUUCAACGAGGUUGACAUGACGAGUGUCAUUCAGAUGAGGAACAAGUACAAGGAUGCCUUCGCCAAAAAGCACGGCGUCAAGCUGGGCUUUAUGUCGCCAUUCGUCAAGGCUGCCGCAUUUGCCCUGCAAGACCAGCCGAUCGUCAAUGCAGUCAUCGACGAGCAAGAAAUUGUGUACCGUGACUACAUCGACAUCAGUGUGGCAGUUUCAACGCCAAAAGGCCUCGUCGUGCCUGUGGUUCGCAACUGCGAGCGCAUGAACUACGCCGACAUUGAAAAGGCCAUCUUCGCGCUGGGCGAGAAGGCACGCACCGGAAGCCUGGCCGUUGAGGACAUGGACGGUGGCACCUUCACCAUCAGCAAUGGUGGUGUCUUCGGCUCCAUGUUCGGCACGCCCAUCAUCAACCCGCCCCAGUCGGCCAUCCUCGGCAUGCACGCCAUCUUCGAACGGCCCGUGGCCAUCAGCGGAAAGAUCGAGAUCCGGCCCAUGAUGUACAUCUGCCUGACCUACGACCACCGGCUCAUCGACGGCAGGGAAGCUGUCACGUUCCUCAAGAAGGUCAAGUCCGCCGUUGAGGACCCUGCCGUGCUUAUGCUGGACGUCUAGCACUGAGUCGAAGCCCCACCCCGCACCCAACGCAGAAUUGUUUAGAUAGAAUUAAAUGCGGGAAGCCUGCCUCACCACAAUGGACUGUACUUGAGAAAGCGCUCUUCAAAGUCUCGACGAUUUUAAUUUAGGUUUUUACAACCGUUUUGAGGAAAGACAUACGGAAGCUAGGCAUAGUAAGAAGUGGGCACGGCCCACAACAAGCGGCGCUGCAGCCCUAGUGUUGUUGCUUUUCGUUCGUGUACAGGCUAGCAGCUUCUUAUUAUUAUUUUUUUGCCAUCUGGUAAGCAGAUAUCACCCUCACUAAUGCAGAAAGCUACUACUCGCAAAGAGACGUCUUUGUAUGAUUGUUUAUUGAUUGCUUUUACUAGAAUGUUUCGAAAGCAGUCUUCUUGAAGAAAAAAAAAACUGGAGAAAGAGUUUGUUUUUGUUUUUACCUUUUAUCACUCUUGCCAGUUUUGAGAUAAAAGGGCACGAUUCAUUAAACCAUGUUACAAAGCUUU